GAACGCAAGUUCCCACCCCCUCCCGCAGUCCGCCGCUGGUGCCGAUAGUCAGCGAUCGGGUCUCGGUGAAAAACGUGCUGUGCCGGAACUCAUCCUCUCCACCUUCCUCCGAGCCAUGUCGCAUCACAUUCUGCCAUCGUUCCAGUCUCGGCAGCCCCUCGGGAACGGAUUUCCAGCGGGCAAAAACCAACGGCCGUCGCUCCAAAUGGCGAGGUCGCCGACAGCAAAGCCGCAUUCAGGUGCUCGUGGGCCGGAUGCGGGCAGCAAGCAUGUGGAGGACGAAUACAUCCGCAACCUGCAGCAGCAAAUCUAUCUACUUGAGCUCGAGACCCGAUAUCUGAGAGCUCCCAAGAACGAUGGAGAUGUUGCACCGGGCGGUGAGCCCACGGGCACGACGAUGCCUCUGAACGACGCUAUCAAAACUCUCAAGCACAAAUACAUUGAGCUGCAGGACACCAACAAGAAGGAGAUUACGAGACUUGAAGACCAGAUCGAGAUGCUGAGGUCGCAAAACGAAGCCUUGGUUGUCACAAUGGCCAUGCUCGAGAAGGAGAGAGACGAGGCCCGCGACCAGAUGCGAGAAACCAGAGAAACUCAAAUCACGGAGAAGGACAAGAUCUACGGUGAAGUCAUUGCGCUCCGGAAAAAGAUGGAGAUUAUCCAGGCUGACCACAAUCGGAUGGAGGCUGCCCACAAGCGCAUGAUCAAAGAGAAGCAGGAGAUGCAGGCUCUGACGCUCGAGGCCGAAGCAAACGCUAACAAGUGGAAGGACCAGGUCGAAGAGCAGCUGCACAUCAACCAGACGCUCAAGUCUAGAAUCGAGGAGCUGCACAAACUCAACACCCAGCUUCAGACCAAACUUGAGGAUGCGGACGCUAGCAUGCUGUCCUGGGACAUUGAGUCACAAAAGGUCCGGAUCGCCGAGCUGAUGCGCGAGAAGAUAGAUCUCCAGACCGAGUUGAAGCAGAUAGAGACGGUGCGUAACCAGGACGAGCACAUGCGCCUCAAGAUUCAGCAAGACUGCUCCGAGCUCAUCAAAGUCAAUGUGACCCUCAAGGCCGAGUUGGAUGAUACUCAGCGGCGUCUGAGAAAGGAAUUCGAACAAAGGGAUGAAAAGGGCCGACGGCGCCAAGACCAAGCCAAGGAGGUCGAAAUUAUGCGCGAAGAGCUGGCCAAGAUCCGGGACGAUUUGUCCAUGGCCAAGAUCUCUGUUGACAACAAGGACCGGAAGCUGAGCGAAGUUGGACAACAAUUGAGAGCGACUGAGGCUGCUCUGGCUGCAGCCAACGAAGCCCGGUCUGCGUUCGAAGAACGCAUUCGCGAUUUGGAUAGCCGGUUGCAAGAACAAGAGCAUGAGCUCAUCCAGCUUGGCCAGGACAAGAGCCUGUUAAUUGAUGAUGUCGCCGAGCUACGAAAUGCCAACGAAAUUAAUCAAAUCAAGUUGGUGGGGCUGCAGAAGGAUAAGAAAGAACUCACUGCCGACGUCGAGAAGUACCAGAAAGAAAUGUCCAAGCGUCGGGAGCUGGAGGAGCUGAUCGGCAAAGUGGAGAUGAGCGGCGAAAACUAUCUGCAUUUGAUGAAGAACGUCAAGAACUAUCUGGCCAACAAGCCGCUCGAGGUUGACGAUGACGAGACGGACAUCAAGAUCUACACCGGUCUCAAAGCCGCUGAUCCGACUCAGGGUUCACAUGCCAGCCAGGCGCCUCGCGCCAAUGUCCUGUCCGGAUACGCCUCGGAUAUGCCCGCGAAUUACUCCAAGUACGUGUCCAUGGGCAUGGAUCAGCUUGCCAAAGGCGGCGGGCAUGACCGUCGGGGACAUGGCGGACCCGCAUCGCAUCCUCGAUCGGCUGGCUACGACGACGACCUCUACGACCGGGUGGCAAGAAGCCGGCCCGAGCGAGCUCACUCUCCAGGCCGCGGACCCGAACGAGCCGGCCCGAGGGGCUUGGAUGAGCCUGAGGUGCGGCUUGACCGACGAGAUUCGAACUUGAGAGCGGCUCCGGAAAUCCACUACGAGGACCACGACCGACGCUACCACGACUCGAGUGAGUCUCCCACCGCGACCGGACGCAGCCAUCGAGAGAUGGACGAGGACGGCGGAUGUGAUCGAGACGGUCGACGGCGAGAGUCGCUCAGCGUUCGAUCCCAGGGAUCAAGGGGCGGCUCGUCGCGCGAUCUCCAGGACGAUGGCGAUGAAUAUCGAACGUUUGACUCCGAGGCUCGCCGGGGCCAAGGCAAGGGUCGAUCUGCGUCGGUCUACGACCACGGCGAUGCUCCGCACGGCGACCGCGCUCGCUGGAGACAGUCCAUUCCGCCCAUCGAGGCCGAGGAUGGCGACGACGGCCGGUACAGCCCUCGCGAAGAGUCACUGAAGGUGCGCCGCGAGCACAGCCGCGCCAGCUUCUCGGAUGAUCGGCCGGCACGUUUCGACCGCGGACAUGAACAGGACCGAGGCUCCGAGCUGGAGAGGACCGAGCCUGAGCAGCGCUCCUUUGGCCCGAGUCGCACCCGACAGCGAUCGAGGUCCCCAGGACUGCGGGCCGUUGGCAGGGCUGAAUCGCAGGACGCAGGCUCCAGUGCCUGAGCGGACGACCCACCACGAAAGCCGGAGUGUCCAUCGGCCGACCAGCAGAGACGGCAGCCGCUCACGCAGCCCGGCGGCAUCGUCGCCCUCGCAUCGAGGCAAGCUGCCAGCCGCCAGCCACUCGCGAACAGGCGGACCAGCUCCGUCGACUGGCGGCCUCAGUCGCAGUCCAACAGAGACCAGCACAUCCGGCAAGGGGCGGG